AUGUCCGACAACGGGGAAGUUGAGGUCGAAAGCCCCACGGGGUACCAAGUCCUGCCCAAGGAGGUUGCCGCUGAAAUCGGCAGUAUCAAGCUCUUCAACAAAUGGAGCUAUGAGGAUAUCGAGGUCCGGGAUAUGUCUUUGACCGAUUACAUCCAAAUCCGCCAACCCGUCUACAUCUCUCAUUCAGCCGGUCGAUAUGCUGUGAAGCGAUUCCGAAAAGCCCAAUGCCCCAUCAUUGAACGUCUCACCAACUCCCUGAUGAUGAAUGGCCGUAACAACGGAAAGAAGCUCAUGGCCGUCCGCAUCGUUGCCCACAGUUUUGAAAUCAUCCACAUCAUGACCGACCAAAACCCCAUCCAAGUCGCCGUUGACGCCAUCGUCAACUGCGGGCCCCGAGAAGACAGCACCAGAAUUGGCUCCGCCGGUACCGUCCGCCGCCAGGCCGUCGAUGUCUCCCCACUCCGCCGCGUCAACCAAGCCAUUGCCCUCCUGACGAUUGGCGCUCGUGAGGCCGCUUUCCGCAAUGUCAAGAGCAUCGCUGAAUGCCUUGCUGAAGAGUUGAUCAACGCUGCCAAGGGAAGCUCAAACUCAUACGCUAUUAAGAAGAAGGACGAGCUAGAACGUGUGGCCAAAAGCAAUCGGUAA